CCAUUGAACAAAAAAAGAAGCCUUUUAGUUGCUACCAAACCAUUAGGGCUAACAUACCUAUAACAUUCUCCCGAGUCUAGCUUACCAUUACUGCACGAGAGGAGGAGUGAAAGGGUGGGCUCUGAGAAGUGAAGGGGCAGGGUGAUUUGGGUGCGGGGUAGUGGAACUGCGUGCUGACGUGGGAGGUGCAGACCUGCCCAGAGUAUAUCAGAGGGAAAAAGGGGUUGAGGGGGAAACGCACGAAGCAGCUGGCGCGAGCGGAGACACUAGGUGACUAGGAGUGCCAAUCUUACCAAGGACAACCGUUGCUGGCAGAGGACUACGGUAUUAGCCUCAGACAGAACUGAUUUAAGAUCCUUUUUAAGCAUCUACGGAAAGACGCUGAUUAACAACGCUCAGGCACUGAUUGACAGCCAAUAAUUGCAACUCAACUAUCCAACAACAGAAAGUCUGUAUUUUAAGGACUGAGAUUCAUGCAUACAAGAAUGGCAGCUCUUCGUAUGAGAACAUCACACAGAACUCUUCACUCACACACCUUGUGGUUCGGCUAAGAGGGAACAUCCGUUAAAAAAAGAAAACACAGAAACAUUUCGGGGAAUACCCUUUUGACAUUUUGAUAUAGGGCGCAAUGAACUCGUCAGAGAUUAGUAACUUCGGUGAUGGAGAGGGUUUUUUCAACAGAACCGAGCCCAACGGCCAGUCUGAUAAACUUUUGUUUGGGAUUGGCACGGACAACUUCAUCACGCUACUCGUAUUUGGACUCAUUUUCACGUUGGGCGUGAUGGGCAACUCCAUGGUCAUAACAGUGCUUGCCAGGAGCAAGCCCGGAAAACCACGGAGCACCACCAACAUCUUUAUCCUAAACCUCAGCGUCGCUGACCUGUUUUACCUACUCUUCUGCAUCCCAUUUCAAUCCACAAUUUAUAUGAUGCCAACAUGGGUACUGGGUGCCUUCAUUUGUAAAUUCAUCCACUACUUCUUUACGGUCUCUAUGUUGGUCAGUAUCUUCACUCUGUCUGCAAUGUCCGUGGAUCGCUACAUUGCCAUAGUUCACUCGAGAAAGUCGUCCACCAUCCGUGUGGCGAGACAUGCCCUGGUCGGGGUGAUAAUAAUUUGGAUCCUCUCCCUGGCAAUGGCAGCACCUGUGGCUUACCAUCAGAUCCUGUUUGAGAGUAGAGAAAAUAGUACCUACUGCUGGGAAGUAUGGGCCAAUCAAAAUCAUAAAAAGAUCUAUGUGGUGUGCACGUUCGUCUUCGGUUACGUGUUGCCCCUCUUACUAAUAUCUUUCUGUUACGCAAAGGUCUUGAAUCACUUGCACAAAAAACUAAGAAACAUGUCUAAAAAAUCAGAAGCGUCUAAGAAAAAGACUGCUCAGACAGUGCUGGUGGUGGUCGUGGUCUUCUGCUUUUCCUGGCUACCCCAUCAUGUGGUCUACUUGUGGGUGGAGUUUGGGAAUUUUCCACUCAACCAGGCGUCGUUCGUGUUCCGGGUGACCGCCCACUGCCUAGCAUACAGCAACUCAUCGGUCAAUCCCAUCAUCUACGCAUUCCUGUCGGAAAACUUCCGCAAGGCGUACAAACAGGUGUUCAGGUGCAAGCUCACCAGAGACUCUCCCCUCAAUAACAUCAAGGAGAUCCGGAGCAAGGCGGACACCCCGCCCUCCACCAACUGUACCAAUGUCUGACUGAUUGGCAGGCUUGAAUUGGCUGAGGCUCGUGCCACUUGCUCCAACAUCAUGAAGAUCGAAGACUAAUGAGAACCCAGUGGUUUGGCUUCUGGUGCAUUCAAAAAAGGACUAAUGUUUAUGAAUUGAACGUAUAGCUCAAUGUUUGUGCUACAACAUGUCUAAAUGCUCUGAAUAGGGCCUAUAUGGUUGCAUACAUAUGGUAUAUUCGGGAAAAACCUUCCACCCUCUUGCCCACUCUAUCCAUGUAUUUACUUUCACAAUCUGGCUUCACAUAUAGCAAGCUGUAGUACUGAAUAUAUACGCAUAUUUAUUUCUAUUAAAGCAGGUACCUUUAUUUGUGCGUGCCUUGUUGCAUACAAUAUAUACUGAAGGCAGUUCAUUUCUCUCUGUGGUUCUGGGUUGACGGCUUAACACAUAAACUCCUUCUCAAUUGCAUUCUGUCUUUGAGUGUCUGAUAAUCUGUUAUCUUUCGAAGAACUACACACAGCAAUCUAUGCCCUUUAUAAUCUUCAGAGAAGAGCAUGCCUCUAAAGAGGGUGGAAUCUGGAACCAUCUUUAAAGAUGGGAGUGACCAGGGAACAACAAUAUUCUGUGUCAUGCUCUCCUUUAAUGGGAUGUGUAAUAUUUGUCCAACAUUGUGAUUUUCAUGAAAGUGUAACCUUUUCCUUCAAUUAUUCAGGUAAACAAACCAGGUAGGUGGCAUUUUAUGUUAGUGUUGACACAGGAGACUGAAAUAGAGAGCCUGACCAAGUGUAGAAGGUACCGAACACAGAAAGCUCUCUGAAAAACAGAGGCCUCUUCAUUUUUACA